CUCUGCUGGCACUUCCUCCCAUCAUCCCUUGCGCCGAGUGGCUCCUCGGUGAAGGUGAAGCCGAGACAAAAUGGCGGCCUUCCUGACCCACCAGCAGAAAGUGCUGCGGCUCUACAAGCGAGCGCUGCGGCACCUCGAGUCCUGGUGCAUCUUCCGGGAUCGGUAUCGAUUCUUUGCCUGCCUGCUGAGAGCACGCUUUGAAGAACAUAAGAAUGAAAAAGAUAUGGUGAAAGCAAGCAAGCUGUUGAUGGAAGCUGAAAAAGAAUUUUGGCGAAGACAGCAUCCCCAGCCGUACAUCUUUCCUGAUUCUCCUGGGGGUACAUCUUAUGAAAGAUAUGACUGCUACAAGGUACCUGAAUGGGUCCUAGACUUGUGGCAUCCUUCCGAGAAGGCGAUAUAUCCUGAUUACUUUGCCAAAAGAGAACAGUGGAAGAAACUGAGACUUGAAAGCUGGGAAAAAGAGGUUCAGCAGCUUCAGGAGGAAACCCCUGCGGAUGGCCCCAGGACAGAAGCACUGCCUCCAGCUCGCAAGGAAGGACACCUACCUCCUCUGUGGUGGCAUUAUGUAACCAGACCUCGUGAGCAGCCAAUGUAAAUGGCUCCUUUCUGUAUGCAAAUUCCGUAUCUCCUUCUGUAAAGGAGUUUCUGAUAUACAAAUACUAUUGUCUGCAUGUAUUACUACAUCAGAUAUUCACAAUAAAGUCUCUUGAAUGUGAA